UUCCAAUGCUACGUCAAACAUAAUGCUAUGGCAUUAGAAUAACAAAUUGCACUUUUCUCGGUCGGUAAACAAUCAUGGACAAGAAACGUUCUGCUUUGAAUACUUUUAGUUCAGGGUCGAAAAAAGAUAACGAAGUAUCCAGGAAAGCUAAAGGCGAGGGUGAUGUGUCCACAAAAUCAUCGCAUACUCAGUUUCUGAGACAACCAAGACACGAAACGAAAUAUGAGAGAAUAACAAGAAAUCAAUAUUUUGGAGAAUCUGAGAGCAUCUCUGGGUCUUCAAACACUUUUGGCUGUGUUCAUGGUGCCGGAGGGAAGAAAUACUCCGAAAAAGGGUUGCUAAAACGGAACAUUAUGAAGGAGUUGGAUCCAAUACCUUCUGAUCCUAAGUGGAACGAUGGGUGUCCUCCCGCUUUCGAUUGGGGCAUGGCUAAGAAGUUGCAAUUUCUCGUAAUGGAUCCAACAGUAGACCGACAAAUGGGAAGGUUGGAGGCUCACCUGCGCGACUUCGCUUCAAUUACCAGAUAUGGAUAUAGGAUUGAUAUUUUAGACUGUGUUGUUACUAUCAUAGACUAUCUUAUAGAAACGUUGAAUAAAGCUCCUAAUUUACGACAAUAUUUGGAGAUGUUACUGGUGAAUUUAGGCAAGCCAAUUUUAUUAACAGCAGCCUCUGAUGUCAUAAAGUACGUUGAUGUUAUAAGAGACUACAUGGGAUUUUUGGGAUACUUACUCAUGCGUCUCGAAGAUGACUAUUUCUUCGAUCUGGUGUCCAAGGGAAUCCUUUGGCAGCUCGCGGCCCCUGAUGAUUUCCGGAAGCAGGGCGCGGUGCCUUCACGUUAUAUCCUCACUGCCGCUGCUCCGGUGAUCCACCAAACCACAGUCAGAAUGCUAGCAGUGUCCACUUCGCACAGAUAUCCUACGUUUUUGAAUAUUGCGUUGAUACUUGCUUGGAACUCUAUGGAAAAUUGUAUCGAUAUGGUCAAAGAAAAUAUAUUUGAUAAUAUUUUCUAUCGAUUCAAUCCUUAUUUUCCCGAAAGGAAGCUGCCGAUGUAUGACAUAAAUCCCGCGGAUCUUGAUGACUUCAAUGUUAAAUUAGGUGAUAGCAGCGUAAAUAUGUCAACUACAUUGUCGUUACUCCUAGUCCUGGUUAAUACUACGAAGCAAUAUCUGGAUGAGAAUCCAAAGCAACGUGUAGUGCUUCCGUGCCCAGACGACUAUAGCCAAAGAUGUUACAUCUGGGCGUACCGCUACGAAUGUCGUGCGCGCGAGCAUCAUCAUGAAAGGAUUUCGUUGACCGUCAUCGCUCAUGUUUUGUUGAACUGCUUCAGAGAUCGACUCAUGACUUUUUCUUCACUUCUUAUGCCAGAUAUAUUUUCUUUAGCUGUAUUGACUGAAUUGCCUCCGAGAAAUGAUUGGAUCCGUACAGUGAAUUUUGCAACAGCCCAGUCUGAUGUGCAAUUUAAAAAGACCCUUAUAUACUUAAGUGUUGAUUUUCUUAAAGUCUUCCCUUAUAACAGAUUUAUGGUCGAAACACGUUAUUGGCUUCUUGGAUUAAUGUAUUUACUAGAUCCAGGACUUUGUCAUCUCAGAAAGCGUUGGUCACAAGCACUUUUUGGCGAAAUACGUAAGACAGCUCUGCAAGCUUUGGUUUGUGUUCUACCUUUCAUUCCAGUUAAACUGGCUAAAGAAUAUGGCUUAAUCAGAAGGAUAAUGUGGUACAUCGAAUGGUAUUCCGAAAGCCCGUAUGAGCUACCGACUCUUUAUUGGUGUGUGCGACUGCUUCAAGUAGCUACUUAUCAAAGGAGAAAGGAUCCGAAAGCAAGACAAGCCACGCUGAAAGAUUUAUUUGAUUCCCAUGGAAUCAUAAUUUUAAUUAAACUCUGCUAUACACUCCUAGAACAGAAGUUGCCGCCUGUGGAAAAGAGUCAGGCUGUAAUAGCAGUAUGCCUUCGUCUGCUGACCAGCGCAGUGGAGCCAAAUCGGCGUGUAGAAUGCUGCGUGUACCCUAACAUCACAUGGCCUUCGUCCGUCAACUCCUUGGCUAUGAGGAUGCUAGAUGUUGUUCUAUAUUCACUUGAUAAACAUUUCAUUGUUAGCAAUAGAUUACUAAUUUCACUUUUGAAUUUCAUCUGGCAAGGGAUCGUAUGGAAACCUGAUUACCGUGAAAUCUUCGUUGCUAAUAAUGGCAUAUACAAACUGUUGGAUAUAAUAACUAUGGCUAAACCACCGGUACAAUGCAUUGCUCUUGCGUUAAUUUGCGACGUGGCUCGCGCUGGAGACGCCUUGGGACAGCUGGUCUCUUGGCGUGCUAAUCUUGGUGCUGCUAAUGUGCACCCUAAUAUAGUCAGUCGAGGUUCGACGAUAGCCAGUCUCCUCGCAGCGGUUUUUCGAGAUGAUUGCCAACGUACCGGAGUUACACUAAACGAAUAUGGUUAUAUAGAAAAUUUGGAUUGUCCGAUAAUGUCGUCGGAAGUGAGGAAAAAAAUGAAUGAACUCCAUUGCCGAGGUGGAUUUAGCCAAAGAACUCCGGUUUGUCUACCUGCCUCCGAUUUGGCAGGAUCCCGAAUGUCUAAGGCUUUCGCUCUUCUGCAUUUGCUUUCAGAGGAUUUGGAAUACAAAGUAUCGUUAGCGGACGAAGCAUAUAAUCUUUAUAAAAACAUCAGAUUGACACCUGAAGACGAGAGCGCGUUAGUUCUUUGUUCGCACUAUCUGACGUUAAAACUAGUAGAAGUUUGGGCGGAAACAAAAGUUCAGAAUGUGGGCUUACUCCCACAAGACAAUGAAGUUCUAGAAGAGUUUUUACAUAUUGGCAAAGGUUGGGCGAAAGAUAUAAGAUUACAACAAGAAGAUAUUAUAGAAAACGAUCGUAAAAAGGAAUACGAAGAAGAAUGUUCCUUAUACGCUUUCCUGGGUCGAGUGCGUCUGAACAUAGCUCUGGACGCGUUGCGCGAGGUGCGCUGCAUGGCACGCUCGGCGGAUCGCGCGCGCAUGACGCACGCGCUAUUACACGACGCGGUGCGCGCGCAUCACCGUCGGUCGGUGUUCUCUAAGAAGCUCAGCGGGCAGGUACUGCGCACGUAUGGCCCGUCACUGGACGAUCAGAACAUCACCGGUCAAUACGUGAAAGUAACGAGCAUUCACGUUAAAGGCAAACCUAGACCCAUAGACAACAUAUCAUCGGGAAACCGAUCAGAAAAUUAAUGAAAUAUUUCAAUAAAACUACAGUUUCACGCUAAA